CUCUGAGUUGCUUUUCGAUUACAUUAUGUGGGUCAAAGUAGUAGAACUUUAAUCAGUAUCAUUAACAAUUAAACUUUAAAGAAGAGAAAUGUGGUCAGACACCUUUUUAAUCGUUUUUAUAUCAAUAUGCACAGCAUUUUUGGGUGAAGGCCUUACCUGGGUGCUCGUAUAUCGCACAGAAAAAUACCAAAGACUAAAGACUGAGGUGGACAAGCAGAGCAAGAAGCUGGAACGGCGAAAGGAGACGCAUGGCGAUUCCUUGGACAAGUCGGUGAAGAAGAAAAUUGAACGUUAUGAGGAGAAACUGAAGAACAACAAUCGCGACUUGUCGCUGGUCAAGAUGAAAUCAAUGUUUGCCACUGGAUUCGCGUUCACCGCCUUGCUUAGCAUGUUCAACAGCAUUUUCGAUGGGCGCGUCGUGGCCCAAUUGCCGUUUACACCCAUCUCCUGGAUCCAAGGUCUAAGCCAUCGUAAUUUGUCUGGUGAUGAUUACACCGACUGUUCUUUCAUCUUCCUUUAUAUCCUGUGCACUAUGUCGAUUCGUCAGAAUAUCCAAAAACUCUUGGGCUUCGCUCCAUCGCGUGCAGCAAGUAAACAAGGCGGUGGACUCUUUGGUCCCACACCCGGUCAAUUUAAAUAGAAAUUUUAGUGAAAAUUUGGAUUUUGUUUUUUUUUUUU